AUCUUUUUCCUUUGCAUGAUUGGCAACUCGCUCGUCUGUCUGAUUGUGGUGAGGAACCGGCAGAUGAGGACGGUCACCAACAUCUUCAUUCUCAACUUGGCCAUUAGUGACCUCUUGGUGGGCAUCCUGUGUCUGCCAAUCACGCUGGCUGACAACUUGAUAACAGGAUGGCCAUUCGAUGAAGUUGUUUGUAAAAUGAGUGGACUCGUCCAAGGAGCGUCUGUUUCUGCGUCUGUGUUCACCUUGGUGGCCAUCGCAGUGGAAAGGUUCCGAUGUAUCGUGUACCCAUUCCAACAGAAGCUCACCCAAAGGCAAGCCAUCAUCACCAUCACCUUCAUCUGGGUGUUGGCCAUCGUCAUCAUGUGUCCCUCGGCCGCCACGCUGACCGUAACCAAAGACGAGUUCCACUUCAUGGUGGACGAGCGCAACACCAGCUACCCUCUGUACACCUGCUGGGAGGCGUGGCCAGACCAGAGCAUGCGCAAGAUCUACACCACCGUGCUGUUCUCGCACAUCUACCUGGCGCCGGUCACGCUCAUCGUCAUCAUGUACACGCGCGUGGCCCUCAAGCUCUUCAAGUCGCCGGCGCAGCUCCGCGAGGGCCGGGCGGAGGAGGACGGCCGCCGCGUCCACCGGCGCAAGAUCAAGGUCAUCCACAUGCUCCUGAUCGUGGCCAUGCUGUUCACCGUGUCGUGGCUGCCGCUGUGGACGCUCAUCCUGCUGACGGACUACGGCAACAUGACGCAGAGCCAGAUCAACAUGCUGUCGGCGUACGUGUUCCCGUUCGCCCACUGGCUGGCGUUCUUCAACAGCAGCGUCAACCCCGUGGUCUACGGCUACUUCAACGAGAACUUCCGCCGCGGCUUCCAGGCGGCGUUCCAGUUCCAGCUGUGCCUGGCGGAGGUGCCCAGCGUGGUGCACGCGCGAAGGCCGCCCGUGGGGCGCCACAACCGGGUGUUCAUAGACGGGCAGAGCGGCCAGCCCCAAGCCCAGGAUACGCGGAGGAGAGAGUUCUGCGGGCAAGAGAAACAGAACGAGCUCGUACUGGAGGACAUCGACUGAGGCCUAGGGCACAAGAUGUCUUUGCCUGUCUUAACAUGGAUGUACAGUACUGUACAGUAGUACAGUACUUUCCUCAUCAUUAUAAGAUAGUGAGUGACUUUUGUGUCCCUGCCUGCCUGUGAAAUGAUAGACAAUGUUUGGGAUGGUGGAUAA